AUGGCGUCGGAUUACGACCACGGGGCGCCUGACGACCGCUUGCAGGCCCACCCUGCUGCCCCUAUGGAACUCGGCUAUCCUGGUGAUCGAGGUUGGCAACAGCAGCAGCAGCAGCAACAACAACAACAACAGCAGCAACAACAACAACAGCAACAACACAAUGGAGGAAGGAGAACCCCCGACAACAGUUAUCGCACACAGCAACACUCGCGCUCACCGGGCCCUAGAACACCUGGCAGAGAUGGCGAACCGAGACGGAGCGGUGAACGCAGCAGAUCCAAGGGAAGAGGUGGGCGGUCAGCCAGCGGUCAACAGAGAAUAUGCAAGAAGUGUGGAGAGCCGCUCACCGGCCAAUUCGUGCGCGCACUGGACGGGACUUUCCAUCUAGACUGCUUUAAGUGUCGUGACUGCGGCCAGAUUGUAGCCUCCAAGUUCUUCCCCGUCGACGACGAAAAUGGCGAGGGUCAGUACCCGCUCUGCGAGACAGACUAUUUCCGCCGGUUGGGUCUUCUUUGCUACAAGUGUGGUGGUGCCCUUCGAGGCUCUUACAUCACUGCGCUCGACCGAAAGUAUCACGUCGACCACUUCACAUGCUCUCUUUGUCCCACCGUCUUUGGCGCCCAGGACAGCUACUACGAGCACGAUGGCAAUGUCUACUGCCACUAUCACUACUCGACGCAGUUCGCGCAGAGAUGCAACGGCUGCCAGACCGCGAUCCUCAAGCAGUUUGUGGAGAUCUACAGAAACGGCCAGAACCAGCACUGGCAUCCCGAGUGCUAUAUGAUACACAAAUUCUGGAACGUGCGAUUAACGCAGCCGAGCGAUUCCUCUGAGGGACCCCAGGAGACCGACGAUCCCGCCGCUCGCGAAAUCAUUAGGGAGGAGGAGGAGCGCAUGGAAGAAAAGGUCUAUCGCAUCUGGAGCGUCUUGUCGACCUUUGAGGAGUCAUCUGCGGCCUGCAUCUCCGACAUGCUUCUCCACGUGAGCAACGGCGCCUACGUCGAUGGUGUCCUCGUCGCUAAGAAAUUCAUCUGGCACGUCGAAAUCCUGUUUCAGUCUGCGGAUCGCCUCGACUACUCCAUGGACCAGCUGAAGCUGAAGGGAUUGUCGUACGGACGUGAGGCCAAGCUUCUGUGCAAGAAGAUAGUGUCUUUCUUCUCCCUUUUGUCCAAGACUCAGGACACGGGAGCUCGAAAGCUUGGCGUCACGCAGGAGCUGCUGUCUCUCGUCACAGGCCUUGCUCAUUACCUCAAACUUCUCAUUCGGAUCUGCUUGCAGGGAGCGCUACGCCUCGAAAAGGAGUCUAAGAGCUCCGACGGCAUCUAUCAAUUCCUGGACGAUCUCAGCGAGCUGGAUGCUGCCAAGCCUGACGAUAAUACUCUGCAGGCCAUUACCGGAAACUCGCGACUUUCGGCAAAGGACUCGGACCACUGUGCGCUCUGCAGCAAGUCCGUCGAGGACGAAUGCGCCAAGCACUCUGACAGGCGCUGGCACAUUGCCUGCGUGAGCUGCUCGCGCUGCACCAGGGAUAUCGGCCGCAAACUGGAAGAUGCCCACUACAAUGCGUUUGACAAGAAGAUCUACUGCAACAACUGCAUCGGCGCAAACAACGAGGACAUGCCUCCUUUCGAACACGUCACCAAAUUGCAGCAGUACGUUUUUCUGCUCAAGGUGGCACUGGCGAGAUUGUUGGACAUCCUACGGAGCAAUGGCGCUUUGCCUCGGCAGGACGAUGACCAGAACAUGGAUGGCUAUGGCCCGGGCGAGGGUUCCCGAACUCUGGCUCCAGGGGAGGCGCCCUAUCUAAACUCAGAUAACCGCUCGAAAUCGUACGCUGGAGAUCAGCGGGAGCACAAUCGCGAGUCUUCUUACGAGAACACGCUGAACGAUGUUCGCCGGCUGAGAAGUACUCGGCUCGACAAGCAUUUGUCGUCGAGCUUCAGAAAGGCGAGAACCUCGCGCAUCAUGGACGGCCCAGAGGGCCGCAGUGUCCGCCCAGGAUCGGCAGGCGAGGACUCGGGACGAGCCGAUGGGGACCUCCAGAUUGUUGAAGAUAGACGUGGCCCAAACGAUGAAGGCACGACGGACAAAAUGUUUAACCACCAGGAUGCCCUGACUCUCGAUGAUAUCCCGCGGAUCGUCGCCGCUGAACAGGUCAAAGAACAACAGUACAAGCCCAGCCGGCAAGAACUUUUCCGAUCCCCUGCGACCGAUCCCAUGGGGCACCAAAGAUCGCAGUCUGCCGGCAGAGAGGCAGAGAUCCGCAUGGGCGAUCCGAUGCCCCAGCGACUCGGCCGAAAGUACUUUUCGGAACUGUCAGGUCUGGAAUACUUCAUCGUGCGCCACCUGGCAGUCUUGACUCUGGCGCCUGCUGUCGAGAACGAGUUCUCUUUGGAUGAGCUGUUGAGCUUCAUUGAACUGAGGAAGCAGCCCACUUUCUGGAAGAACCUCGGCAAGGCUUUCAAAAACGACAGGCCCAAGAAUGUCAAGAAGAAGGGCAUUUUUGGGGUGCCGCUGGAUGUCAUCAUCGACAAGGACGGUGCUGAAUCGACAGACGGCGUGGGCCCUGGAACUCUCAAGAUACCGGCCAUUAUCGACGACCUCAUUUCCUCCAUGAGAAAGAUGGACUUGUCGGUGGAGGGCGUGUUCCGAAAGAACGGAAACAUCAAGAAGCUGUCCGAGCUGUGCGAGAGGAUCGACCGGGAAGGCUGUGACAGCAUCAACUUCAUGGAUCAGCCCGUAGUCCAAGUCGCCGCCUUGCUGAAGCGAUACUUGCGCGAACUUCCCGACCCGCUCAUGACCUUCAAGCUCCAAAAGCUUUGGAUUGCCGUCGCCAAGAUCCAAGACGACGCAAAGCGCAAACAAUACCUGCAUCUUAUCUGCUGCCUGCUGCCCAAGCCCCACCGAGAUUGCUUGGAGAUCUUGUUCUGCUUCUUGAAAUGGGCUGGAUCCUUCCACCAAGUUGACGAAGAAGCUGGGUCCAGGAUGGACAUCAAGAACCUGGCGACUGUCAUUGCGCCCAAUAUCCUCUACAGUAGCAACAAAGCGCCUACUCUGGACAGCGACCCCAUGUUUGCCAUUGUGGCUGUGAACGACAUGAUCACCUCUAUUGAAGAGAUGUGUUUGGUUCCCGAUGAGCUCAUGGAUCUGGUCAACGAUCCAUUUGUCUUUGGCAACACUGCAGACCUCACCACAAAGGACAUCCUCAAGCGCUACCAAGACCGUAUGGGCCAGCGAUCGGGGCUUGGUGGUGACGUCAGCGAGGUGUUUAACAGACCUGACAACUCGACUCGGCCCCCUCCCCGACGGGUUGAAACCGACCCUGCUCUGUGGCAACAGCAAGAGAGCAGUGUGCGUCCGGUGCAGGACCCGCCCAUGCCAAUUCCCCCUUUCAACCCAGCCAAUCCAGGCACGCCGCCACAGAGAUGGCGAGCACAACAAGAAGAGAACGGCCACCCGUCUCCCUAUAGCGGAGGGGGCCAGUUUGAGCCUUCUGAUGCCGAAGGCCCUACUGAGGCACAGAAGAGAGAAUGGCGCCAAUCUGGUGGGGUUUGGGGAAGACAGAACGGUGGUGUUGGUGUUGGUGGAAACUUAUAA